CCGGAAGUGGAGAGCAGUACGCCGCGCUUCCCCCCAGACGCCGCUUCCGGUUGGAGAAGGCUCUCUCCGCCGGGAUGUUCCCGUGACCGGCACCAGCCCGCCGCCUCUAUAAUCCCCCGAGCCGUGUCCCCUGGUCCCCGGCGUGCAGCCUCUGAGCCCCGACCAUGUUGUGAGGAGGAAAAGGAGCAGGGAGCCGGCGCCGUCUUCUCUCUCCGUUCUUUUAGCGAGGCCUGUGUGGAUUCAUCGGCUUUGUUUUUAUAGGGUCCUCCACGCCCCCUCCCCGGUGUCAGCACCUUCUCCUGCCCGCCGCCCCGGAGACAUGGCUUCCUCCUCCGGGAACGAUGACGACCUCACCAUCCCCCGGGCUGCCAUCAACAAGAUGAUCAAAGAGACUUUGCCCAGCGUGCGGGUGGCCAACGAUGCCCGGGAACUGGUGGUCAACUGCUGCACCGAGUUCAUCCACCUUAUCUCCUCCGAGGCCAAUGAGAUCUGCAACAAGUCCGAGAAGAAGACCAUCUCCCCGGAGCAUGUCAUCCAGGCACUAGAAAGUUUGGGAUUUGGUUCCUAUAUCAGUGAAGUAAAAGAAGUUCUGCAAGAGUGCAAAACGGUAGCAUUAAAAAGAAGAAAGGCCAGUUCACGUCUUGAAAACCUUGGCAUUCCCGAAGAAGAACUUCUAAGGCAGCAGCAAGAAUUAUUUGCAAAAGCCAGACAGCAACAAGCAGAGUUAGCCCAACAGGAAUGGCUUCAGAUGCAGCAAGCUGCACAGCAGGCACAACUCGCAGCUGCUUCAGCCAGUGCAAGCAACCAGGCAGGCUCAUCACAGGAUGAGGAGGAAGAUGAUAUCUGAAUCUUCCUGGCUGCGUUUUCUAUCCUCCUGAAUAGUUCUUGCCUGCACAGUGAAAUCCGUGUUGGGGGGGGAAAAAAAACGCUUACCUGGAAUUUUUUUUUAUGUGUCUAUGGUGGACUGGUCAAUUGGUAUUGUAGGGAUGUCUGUAAAGUCUCUGCUCCUAUGUCCUAAACAUGUACAAAACCCCCUUUGAACUGUCGACUCACUUAAGGUUCAGUAUCAUAUCAGUAGAGAAUUUUUAAUGGUCUUUAUGGAAUUUUAUAUUAGCAAUGAGUCAUUUACUUGAUCAAUAAGCAGUGUUAAACCAAACUACAACUUUAUUAAAUAGUGAGAUUUAUACAGAAGCUCUAAAAACCUAUUUGCAUUUCCCUUUUAACUAAACUUAAAGAAAAAAAAAAAUCUUAGGAGUUUUUUUUAAUUUUUGGGGAGGGGUGGGGAUGGGGGAUGUAUAUUGUUCUGACAGGAAUACAAUUAAUUUCAUUGUAAAUGUUGAAUAACAUUUUGCCUCUUUGGAAUAUGGCACAUAUGAAAGGGCCAUAGAGUUGUAUAAUGUGCAGUUUGGAUGCAAAGCUGUGUAAGCAUCCUAUCUGAUUGUGUAUAUAUCUAUAUAUAUGUGCCCAUACUGAA